UAAAGCCGGCCAAGUAGGACGGGGGAAGCUACCAGAAGUGGCGGAGCGUUGUCUGCCUUGCCUCUCCUCCUCCCUCUGCGGAAGAGCAUCCCGCCCUGCUAAUGGCUGGGAAAUCCACGCUGAAGGUCCCUUCGAGCAACUUUGAAUCCCCACUGAUGUAUGAAGUUUCAGAGCACCAGAGCAGUGGGACAGAUAGUUCAGGAAGCAGUCUUGGAAGCUCGGUCACAGCAUGUAAGAAGGUUCUCUGCAGUAACAGCCUGCUAGAAUCAACAGACUACUGGUUCCAGAAUCAGAGGACGCCAUGCCAGAUUGGCAUCGUGGAGGACAAGUUGGAGAAGAACUAUGCCUCUGUUUGCUUUGUGAAUCUGGAUGCGCAUGAAGGUAACUGCAGUGAUGAACUCAUGAAACAGAGGUUGAUCGGUAUCUCUCCAAAUCUCCCAAAGCUUAUCAGCUCUAUGAAUGUACACCCUCCCAAAGAGAAUGAAAUCAUCCUGCUGAGUGGAUUGACUUCAGGGAGCCUUCAGGCUGGUUUUGAAGUACCCCAGUGUUCUUGGCUGGCAGAUGUCUGUCUGGUUCAGUGUGCAAGAGGAAACAGAAAGAACAGCACAAACUGCAUAAUCUUUGAAAUAAACAAGUUUCUGAUUGGGCUGGAGCUUGUGCAGGAGAAGCAGCUGCACAUCGAGGCCAGCAUCUUAAAGCCUGAGGACGACACUAACUGCUCCGUGUCCUCAAUAGAAGAAGAUUUUCUUACAGCUUCCGAACACUUUGAAGAUGAGAGUGAGGCCGAUGAAUAUAAAAACGGUCAGGAAAAACUGAAUGUCACCGAGUCCUCAGCAGAGUUCAAAAAGCACGGAGGGAAAGGACUUGAAAGCUUACAGUGCAAAAAUCCCAGGUUGCCAUUUGCUCUGGAAGCGAAUUGUAUUAACAAAGACAGCACAGCUCCUGCUAGGAUUUCAAGCUCGUCUGAUGAGGACUUGAAUGGUGAGGGCAAAGACAGCGUUUUGCAAACACUGGACAAAGCCAGUAAGCACUGGAAAUCUGGUAUAGCUGGGAAAUCUAAGCCAUCCUCUAAUACUGAUGAACUGGAAGACUCUUCCAGAGGUGAUACAGACAAUUCGGAUGUGUCGGAAGACGUGUUGUUGGCUGCAGCAACCAAGGAGGAAAUUAUUUCUCUGGAUGAUGCAGCAGAAGUACAAGACAUUCGUUUAGACACCUUGGAUUGUAGAGAUGAAAGAACAGAUAACCCUCCCUUGCAAAAUGAACAGGCCACAGCAGGUCAGUUCGCUACAAAUUUGGCAGAGUCAGUCCUGCAAGACGCGUUCAUCAGGUUGUCUCAGUCUACUUUUACCAAAGAGGCUGCCAUCAGCAUCUCUGUUGGUAGCUCCUUAAACCCAGCUGCAUAUGCAGCACAGGAUGCGAUGACUUCACGGCCAUGGAACGAACUCCCCAAAAUUGUCAUAGUUCAGAGUCCAGACGGCUCCGAAAACACAUCUGAAUGGCCUGGAUCUAGCUUACCAAAUUUGUGUCCUUGGUCUGACAUUGAGCGUCCCCGUGAAGCUGCAGAUUGGUUGCAAGACAACAGUGGAGGCACCCAAAGUGCCUUGGAAGUGGCUUUGGCCUGUGCCGCUACAGUCCUUGGUACCAUAUCGAGCCCACAUGCCGCAGAAAAGCUCAAAAGAGAACAGGAAGCCGCAGACUCUCAAACAAUUUCUAAUGAAGAGUUGAAGGAAAACUCUCCCCAAGGCAUCAGUAACAGCCCACCUGUGGAUUACUCAUUCCCAUCUGCCCUGUGUGGCAUGACUCAAGUAGCGAGUGCUGUUGCAGUUUGUGGUCUUGGUGACAAGAAAGAUGAUAAGUAUCCUGCAGCCUCCAGUGGACUCUUGUCUGCCGCAGAGACGUCGGCAGCCAUCACUCUUCACUGUAGCAUAGCCGUAGGGAGCAGCAUGGAGAAUCUGAACAACAGCGUUGCACAAGCAUUAUUCAAAGAGGCAUCCUUAGUGUUAGCCAGGCCUGAAACGUACAGAAACCUAGGUGACUUCAUGGAAUCUGUAAAUGGGAAAAUUGUCCAGGCUGUGACAAAGCCCUCAGUUCCCCAUUUGGAAGACGUGAUUGUUGAUGAACUUGCCCAGAACUUGUCCAAUGUUAUUCUGAGACAUUCAGUGGAAGAGGUCAGGAAGAAGCAGCUAGACACACGAUCUGAAAGCAAUGUAGACCUCAGUACCCAAGAUGUUUUUAUUGCAACUGCAAAUAAGCUGCUUUUUGAUGUGCUGUACUUCACGUGUAAGAAAAUGAGUGAUAUCACACAGCUCACUGAGUCUUUAACUACUUUUGCUGAAGAUAAUCUUAGCUGGCAGGUAAUGGAGAGCCAACCAAAGGAGUCUACAAAUGAUCUAUUACAACCAUCUCCAGACGACUCUGAUAAUAAGCCUUGUAGUACUUUUUGUGGCACUAGCCCUAAUAUUGAUGUUGUACCCACAACAAAAGACAUCAAAGGGGAAGUUGUGCCGGAGACCCGGGAAUCUGUCUCACCUCGUGCAGCUUCACCACCUAGGGUCAAUGCUCAUAGUUCACCUUCUGGAAAAACAUCUCCCAAAAAAAGGUAUUUGAAAAGAACUGCAAGAGAGUGCUACAAAUCCAUACAUCCCAGUAGCAGCAACCAUACAAAGAAAGAACUCCGGUCGUUUACGGGCAGAGAAGACACAACGCUAGCCAAUGAGUGCAGACAUGGCAUUCAGGAACGUCCAUCUUGCAACACUGCACCAAGUAAAGAAAGUCAUGAAAAGCAUGUGUGUGGUGCCACAUGGCACAAUGAAGCCCAACUCAGCCUCUCCUUAUUGGGUAAUCAGGGUUUGUUGCCUUCCCAACCUCUGCUACAGUUGAAGCAUCCAGCAGAUAAAUACUGCGUAGCAGAUUUUGCAGAGGAAUUGGCAGAGACGGUGGUCUCUAUGGCAACGGAAAUUGCUGCCAUUUGCCUUGACAAUUCAAACGGCAAGCAACCUUGGUUCUGCGCGUGGAAAAGAGGCGGAGAAUAUUUGAUGCCCCAAGCUUUGUCAUGCCGAACCAUGAAAAGGAAGAAGGAGGCACAGUCCAGUGGAUCAGUUGUGAGAAAGCAUCGCCCGCCGAGGCUUAGUGAGAUCAAGAGGAAAACGGAUGAGCACCCUGAGUUAAAAGAAAGGCUUAUGAACAGGGUGGUGGAUGAAUCCAUUAACCUUGAUGACACACCAGAUCCAUGCAAUAGCUUUGCCAAUGAAGUAGCUGCUAAAAUUAUGAAUUUGGCUGAGUUCUCUGUGGCUGAUAACGCGUGGCAAAGCCCAAACCAUCCUCGAAAUAGACUGCACUGUGACAGAUGGAGCAGAGUCAACGCAUCCAGCUGUGAAAGCAUUCCCGAGGAGGACUGCGAUUCCAAAGGGUCUGCAAAUACUUUGGGUCUCACAAACACUUUAGGGCAGCCAAUAAGCAGGACUAGCUCUGUCUCCAAACAGUCCAGCUGUGAGAGCAUUACGGACGAGUUUUCAAGGUUUAUGGUCAACCAGAUGGAAAACGAAGGUCGAGAGUUUGAUUUACUGCUUGACUACUAUGCUGGGAAGAAUGCAAAUAACAUCUUGACUUCUGCAAUGCAACAAGUUGCCAAGAAAAAUGGCCACCUCAAUGUGAGGCCAAGUUGCCCAUCCAAACAGUCCAGCACAGAAAGCAUAACAGAAGAAUUUUAUAGAUAUAUGCUAAGGGAAAUUGAAAAGGAAAAUAGAGAGAACGUGUAUUCUGCUAGGAGUGCCAAGGACUGGAGUAGCAAUUUAUUACCUCCUUCCCAACGCUCACCUUUUUGUUUUAGACAGUCCUCGAUGCCCGAUAACAGAAGCUCAGCUUCCAGGCUAACAGUGAAUGUGCCCAUCAAAGCAAAUUCAUUAGACGGCUUCUCUCGCAAUGGCCACAGGGAUUCUUUAAGUGUAGAGUCAAUCAGCAUGGCUUCCUCUUCAGGGCUUUGUAAAUCAGACUCUUACCUGUACCAAAGAUGUAGGAGUGAUCAGGCAACCGACCUGCUGAUUCAUGAGACAUGGGCGAAUUCCAUCAAAGCUCUAAUGUGCAAGAACAAAAUAAUAGCAAAUGACACAGAGGUUUCUGAGCUUGACCAGCAUCCUCAAGACUCCCCAUCGCAUGUUCAACAGUAUGCAAAAAGGCUGGCUGCAAAUAUUGUUGAAAGCGGGAAGACUUUAAUUGUCCAUCACCAAGAUUCUGCAAACAGAGAUCACGCAGCAGACAGCAGCCAUGCCCCAAUAGGGAUGCAAAAAAACUGUAAACCAAUAGGAGACAGAAUAGAUUUAGAUGUGAAAAAACCACAUUCUUCAUCCCCUGGAUUUUUUCCUACGAACCAUACAAGCUGUUCUGUAUGCCUAAGGGAAGUGCCUUUAAUUCAGAUAGAAACAGAACAAAGAGAAGACCUUGAUGAAGUUUCAGAACCAUUGGUGGAAGUUAACGUGGCCUCUGGGAAACCAAGGGGGCAUCUCAGCAAACAAAAAUGUGCAGAAGGAGAGUCAGGAAGGCACCCAGAUUCCUCAACAAACAGCAGCUUGACUAUGCGCAGAGAUCCUGAACCUGAACCUUCCAAGGAGGCCAAAGCAGUGGAAGAGUUUCCAGUCCCUCCCAGCAGCAGUGACGAAAGCACAGGUAGCAGCUGGUGCCAGCUGGCAAAUGACGAGGACAAUCCUGAGGAUACAAGCAGCUAUUUGCAACUCAGCGAGAGAUCUAUGAGCAAUGGCAACAGCAGUACCACUAGCAGUCUUGGCAUUAUGGACCUGGAAAUUUAUCAGGAAAACAUGCCAUCUUCUCAUACAAUUAAUGAAUUAGUAGAAGAAAACACAUCCCACAACAAAAUGCCAGAAAAGGCAGAAGAAUGCGCUUCUGGCUUAUCCACCGGAACAACCAAUGGGCAAAAGGAUCUCUUGGUGAUCAACUUUGACCUGGAACCAGAGUGCCCUGACGCAGAAUUGCGUACCACCCUUCAGUGGAUCGCUGCAUCAGAGCUUGGGAUCCCCAUGAUCUAUUUUAAGAAAUCUCAGGAAAAUAGAAUUGAAAAGUUUUUAGAUGUUGUGCAGCGUGUCCAUGAGAAGUCCUGGAAAGUGGGCGAUAUCUUUCAUGCCGUGGUGCAAUUCUGCAAACUCCAUGAAGAAAGCAGAGAGCAGACUCCGAGCCUGUUUGACUGGCUACUCGAGUUGGGAUAAGAAACCUUGUUACACUUGUUUUCAUUUUUAAUCCAUUUUAAGUGGCAGUGAUUUGUGAGUGGCCCUCUUUUUCAAAACAUCAGCACCUAGAACUGGUCAGAAAUGCACAAACUCUGCCGUGGGUCUGUUUUAGAGCUGUGCACAGGAAAGAAAGUGGUGGGUGGAAAGGAAAGACCCGGAGUUAUACAGUUGUAUCACAUGGGGAACCUUGCGUUGGAGAACCUACUGAUGUAGGAGGACAGGGGCGUGCGCAUUUUGAAUUGACAUUUGUGGAAACCGGAGGAAAAACAACAUCUGUUUCCCGUAAUCAAACAUACAUACAUUUCUGUCGGCUAUGUGUAUUGACUGACAGUGAAAUCACACAGUAACAAAAGCAUUUUUAAAAGAGAGAGAGAGGUUAGUAUUUGUCGUUUGACUACACUAGCGGUUUGCAGAAUACCAGGCAAACGAAUACGUAGGAGGAUAUGCCUCUCAAUGAAUUCUGUGUAAUUAUGUUUUCAAAUUACUCCAGAGGAACAGAAAGAGGAGCCUGAGCUCUUGAACUGUGUCACAAAGAAGUGACAUUUGCAAGCUGUUGAAAUUCCUUUUAAAAAGCCGUUAGCCAUUCGGCAGGCAUAUAUGUUCUGCUGAAAGAAACAAAAUUCAGGUUGGCAGGUUUUCAUGCAGGUCUUUAAAACUCCUGAUCACGUUGUGUUCUUUCCCUGCAGUUUUCAGAGGCUCUGUGCUCCAGUGAAUGCUAAUAUUGGACUGCUCAUUAACAGAUUUGAGUCCCACACACAGCUUUACUAGCAACUCGCUGUGAGACUGUGGGCAGGUAUUGGCAUUUCUAAGCCUCCCCUUUCUUUCACCUGCAGUGGUGAUUCACGUCCUUUGUAAAGUUCGUUGCAAUCUGCGAAUGAACAGUUGCUUUUAAAGGAAUUCAACUUUACUACUCAAAUUUUACAAAUUGAUGCUAUGCAGAUUUAUUCAGAUGCUAAGUCCCACUGAGUUCAAGAAACCUUACUCCAAGUAAGUGCUCGUGAUUUACCAUUAUUUGGUUUUAACUGCUGCACUCGAAUUGGUUUAGCUUAGGCCAGCCUCAUAGACUGUACCUUCAUAGAAAGGGUAUGACUUUGAAAGCUUUUUAUCCUAAAGAGGGAAACACCAAAGCAAGG